UAUUAUCAGUGAGAAAUUAGAGCAGAGAAACUUGAGAGUAUCGGCAUUUAAAAGGAGGGAUUGUGGAGCUCUCAAGCAAUACAAGCAAAAUUUGCAGGAAAAGAUACUUAAUCACAGGAAAAAAAGAAAAAAUAUCAUGUCUUGCUCCCCAGCUCGUGAGGACUUUGUCAUUGACAUUCCACCAGACCGUCCAAAGCAGUCGAAAUGCUCUAUCUACAGGGUUCCCAAGCACAUGCGCAAGAUAAAUAAAGAAGCCUACACUCCUAAGCUAGUCUCAAUAGGCCCCUUUCAUCACUGCCAAAGGCGAAGAGAGUUGAGGGCCAUGGAAAGGCAAAAGCAGAUAUAUUUUGAGGAUUUCUUUCGACGGAAGACACUCAAGAAGAGCCAGAAGGAUCUCGCAAGUAUCAUUGAAGCCAAGGAAGAAGAAAUCCGCCAUUGUUAUUCAGAUGGCUGUCAACUCAACAGCAAAGAGUUUAUAAACAUGAUUCUAUUAGAUGCUAUCUUUAUAAUUGAGCUCUUCUUAAAGGUUAGCGACAACGAUAAAGAAGAAACAAAGGAAGAAAAUAAAGAUGAUAUUUUACGUAUGCCGUGGCUGGGAAAGGGUAUACUACGUGACUUGAUAUUACUUGAGAAUCAACUUCCUUUCUUUGUUCUUGAGGACUUAUAUACGUCUGCCUUCAGUGACUACCAAGAAGGCCAGCAAAUUAAGGAACACAAAGGAGAUAACCAGAAAAAUGAGGAUACUCCAUUUCUUGCGCUUUCGCGCCAUUACUUUGAUUGGUAUGGUCCACAGCGAGAGUCCAUCGAUGAGGAAGUAACUACAAAACCUAUCGGCGAGGAAGUAAAACAUUUCACGGAUUUGUUAAGAUAUUUGUUAUGUCCGCCAAACAUGGAACAGUACUGGACGCGUAAAAUGGAACGGUGGACCAGUGAUGAAAAACGUCUUCAUUUAUCAAAAAAAGCAAAAAAAAGAAAUUCUGCUACUCAAUUUUGUGCCACAAAGCUUGACGAUGCAGGAUUGAAAUUCAAAGUUAAAUAUAGUAGACGACGCUUACUAGGCAUAACAUUUCCUGGGUGCUUGAGACGUUUUCCGCUCUUUGGUUCCUCAUGCGUCUUUGCUUGCUUACCAUGCGUGAUCAGCUCGAUAUGCUUUCCAAGCUUGACAUGCUUACUUGGGUGCUUCGGAUUCCCUAUGCAUAUCUUCAAAGUCCCACAACUUGUGAUAGACCACGACACUGAAGCUAUUUUCCGAAACCUCAUGGCCCUAGAGCAGUGUUAUUAUCCAUCAAAAACUUACAUCUGCGAUUAUGUUUUCCUAUGGGUUGGUCUCAUCCACACUGAAAAAGAUGUAGAUUUACUUGUUGAUAACAAGGUCAUUGCUAACCACCUCGGUAGCAGCGCUGAAGUGGCGAUUCUAAUUAACAAACUCCGCUAUCAGAUUGUGGUAACUACAUCCUCUUAUUUCGAUCAUAUUUCUGAAAAGCUUCAUGAGCACUGCGAGUUCCCUUUAAACCAUUUCUUGGCAACCCUGAGAAAAGAGUAUUUCGCCAAUAUUUUCAGUAGCACAGCAACUGUUUUUGGAUUUUUCUGGUUGGGUUUCACUUUCUUUGCUGCUUGAAGUAUGUAUGGUUUAGCGUUUGUUGGAGUGAUUUGCUUUUAGUUGCAAUGGAUGCAUGACAUCUGAACUUUGUAAUCCUGCAUGUUUAGCUUGUGAUAUCCUUUUCAUCAUCUUAAUUAAUAUAUGGCUUGUAAUAUUCUUCAACUUAAGUGGUUUAUGAUAUUUCAGCAAUAAAAUUUGUGGCAAGUUUGCGCGUUUUA